GCUCGCGCGUGGGGGAACGCCUGCGAGGCGGGGCUUCCAGGAGAGGGGCGGGGCCAUGGAGCGCGUGCAGGGUUUGCCCGGGGGUCCCCCCGAGCGCCCCCAGCCCCCCCAAAAUAUUCCCCCCAAAAUCCCUCCCACGGCCAGAGCCCCAAGGCCCAGGAGGCUCAGGGUGACCCCAAGACCCCUCCACAAGGCCCAGGGCCCCCCUCAGGCCCCCCAAACUCUCAGAGCCCCCCGAGAGCCCGGCAAACCCCCAUCCUACAAACCCCUCACCCCAUAAACCCCAAUCCUACCAACCCAUCACCCCGCAAAUUCCCAUCCUACAACCCCCUCACCCCACAAUUCCAGAGCUCGCAGCCCCAUCCCCACCCUCCCCACACCCCGACACCCCGGGCAUGGCCCCUCCAGCCCCCCCGUCCCCCCGGGGGGGCCCGUCCCCCUGGGUGGGUAUUUAGGGCCGGCCCGGUGGCACCCGGCCCCCCUUGCCCCCCGCCAUGCUGAGUGCGCUGCUGCUCCUGGGGGGCCUGGCCCCCGCCCUGGCCGCUGGUGAGUCCCCCCGGGGUGCCCCCCGCAGAUCCCGCUUUGGGGUGCACCCCCAGCCCCCCUCAGGUGCCCCCAUGUGGGGCCAGGGGGCUCAGCCGGGCCCCCACCCCAAAUCCUCCACUCUCCCCAACAGGUCCCCACUGGACGUAUGAGGGUGAGUGGGGCCCCACGCAGGGACCCCCCCAUUUAUCCCCACACCCCCUGAACUGAGGGGUUCCCAUGGGUGUCCCCAGAAGGUGGGGAGGUGAUGGGUGACAGCCCCCCCCAUCUGUGUCCCCCCAAAUGGGAAGAUGAGCAGAUCACCCUCUUGUUGCCCCUUGGGCCCCCCAAACAUGUCCCCAGACAUCUGGGACCCCCCCCAAACGGGAAGGAGAUGGGCAGAUCACCCUCUUGCUCACCCCCAGAAAUCUGGGACCCCCCAAAUGGGCACCCACCUAGCUCCCCUAAGCCAGGCGGGGGUGAAUGGGUGCAGCCCCCCAAAUUUCCCCUCCUGCCCCCCCCCCCCUUGCCCCCCUCGCUCCAAUGGUCCCUUUGUGCUCCUUUACAUAAGGCUCCUGCUGCCAAAUCCAAUUAGGAUCCGGCCUUGGCCAAAUCCCGCUAAGCCCCAUCCCGGCGGGCCCAGGGGGACCCAUGGGUGCCCCCCCGGCCCCGCGGGCUCGGCUUUGUCCCCGCUCUCCCGCCUGGAAAAAAUGUCCCCAGCAGAUUAACGAGGCCCUUGGGAAUGUCACCCGCGUCCAGGUUUGGGGGGCACCGAGGGCGUUUUGGGUCACGGGGGCCGUGCUGGGUGAAGAUGGGGGGGGUCCCACCGGGGGUCUGGUGCCCCCCAGGUCCCCACGGGCAGCAGCACUGGCACGAGGCACACCCGGAGUGCGGGGGCCGGGCUCAGUCACCCAUCGACAUCGCGACAGCGCGGGCACAGCACGACCCGUCCCUGCCGCCGCUGCUGCCCGAGGGCUACGAGCACCCCGAGAGCCCCCAGCUGACCCUCGCCAACAAUGGCCACACCGCCGUGCUGGCGCUGCCACCGUCCCUGCGGCUCCGGGGGCUGCCCAGCGCCUUCGCUGCCCUUCAGCUCCACUUCCACUGGGGCCGGCCCGGGCACGCCGCUGGAGCUGAGCACCUGCUGGACGGGCACCGUGCCCCCGCCGAGAUGCACGUGGUGCACUUUGAUACCGAGCGUUUCGGCGAUGCCAGCGCGGCGCAGCGGCACCCGGGCGGGCUGGCCGUGCUCGGCGUCCUCCUGGAGCUGGGAGACGACCCCCACCCCGCCUAUGACAACAUCCUGAGGCAUCUCGGCAGCAUCCGCUACGCAGGGCAGACGGUGGCCAUCCCCUCCUUCAGCAUCCGGGAGCUGCUGCCCGAGCACCUGGAGCGCUACUACCGCUACAACGGCUCCCUGACCACCCCGCCCUGCUCCCAGAGCGUCCUCUGGAGCCUCCUCCCGCAGCCCGUCCGCAUCAGCCGCGCCCAGCUGGAGCAGCUCCAGGGAAGCCUUUACUCCACGGAGGAGGGCCAGGAGGAGCCGCAGCUCCUGGUGGACAAUUUCCGAGCCCCGCAGGAGCUGAACCAGCGCCCGGUGCUCGCGUCCUUCCCCAGGGAGCCAGAGGGAUAUUCCACAGGUGAGGUCAUCGCCAUCAUCUUCGGCGCCCUCGCCAGCUGCCUCGGCCUCUUCCUCACCGUCCACUUUGGGGCCAAGAGGAUGCGGGCGAGGCGGGCGCAGGCACAGGACGUGGUGUUCAAGGCUUCCUCCCGCCGCUCGCCCGUGGAUGCUGGGCACGCCCGCUGACCCCGGGCCGGGCUGGGCUGGGCUGGGAGGGGCCGGCCCACGCCAUCCCCCAGCCCCACUGCAAAUAAAACCCCUUCCCC